AUGCCUCCAUCACACAAGCCAGUCCAUCGUGCACUGCUGUUGCUGCCACCCGCGCCAUCACCACCGUCGUAUGCAGCACUCAAAGCCGCCUACAACUCACCCCUGUUUACUGUCUUGAAAGAGCUGGCUAGAUCUCCUCGCAGGUCCAGGGAGUCUAUAAUUCUAGAAAUUGCAUUGCCAUGCCCACAUUUGUACGGACGUCUAGACACGCCUCGGGGUGUACACUAUGCGACCACCCAACAGCUCGUCGCCGACCUCUACAAGCUCGUCUGCAUCACUGCUAGUAGAGAAGCUAUCGACACCGAAGACUCAGAAGGUGUUGACGCUCGCAUCAUACUAGUCGCAUAUCCCAGAGACGGCCAACUGACGACGCCGCUGCCUGAUGCGACUCCUGAGCAGGAACUCCAAGGGCCAGCAAUUGACAUUCACACGCUAGCCCGAGGUCCUCGAUCAUGGGACGCUGUCUACUCAGUCGAGAGCGAGGAAGGCGAGCGUGUACUAAAAAGCUUCCUUUCUUUGUCCAAAACCCAACCCCCCGUAUCCAAAGUCCGUGGUGGUAUUGUCAGUGUAGAGAACCCAGAACCAGCAUCAUCUACCGAAAAACCAGACAAUGCAAUCAAUCACAUCUCCGUUGCAGUCGGAGGGACUUUCGAUCAUCUUCAUAUCGGUCACAAACUACUGCUUACCAUGUUUGCUUUCACGCUCGGGAGACGACAGCCAUCCACCUCUGACGCAACUCCCAGCGUACUUACGGUCGGAAUCACCGGCGACGCCCUACUAGUGAACAAGAAGUUUGCAGAGCACCUUGAGAGCUGGAAAGAGCGUCAGGAGUCCACGCACAACUUCCUUUCAUCUCUGGUUUACUUCGGCGCACCGGAUGACGAGCGUAUCCACGUUGAAGAGAUCAAAGAACCCGGACCGAACGGACAUGCCGUCCACGUCAGCUAUCCUUCUGGGCUCACUAUCAAAUAUGUCGAGAUCUGGGAUCCUUUCGGCCCAACCAUCACUGACAAAGAAAUCUCUGCUCUGGUGCUUUCUCUUGAAACAAGGGGCGGAGGUGCUGCAGUGAACAACAAGCGCAUUGAGCAGGGAUGGGAUCCCCUCGAGGUUUUUGAGGUUGCCGUUCUCGAUGCCAGUGAAGAAGGUAGCGUAGAUGAGACGUUCCAGAGCAAGCUAAGCAGCACCGAGAUUCGUCGUAAACGGAGCGAACGUGUUCAAUCCAGGGCGAAAGCGUGA